AUGCAGCUAGAGCGACCAUUAAUCUUGUCAUCUUUGAUGCAGAGCAUCAAUCUCUUACAGUGCAGCGGCAGAAUUCACGUGGUCACAAGACUCACUAAUUCAUCUGACAGAUUCAGCGGCCCGAGUCCUUUAAAUGAUGUGAAAACUGACCAUCUGCGUAUCCGCCCGUGUGCAAACUUCAUCCUCGGACGUUACGGCAACCUAAGUCAGAGUUGCUCAAGUCUGCUUUCACACCUGGACGUCACGGUGUCCGGAGGUAGCGGUGUCCUAGACGGCUUUCGAAGGAGGUUCAGCAUCAAAACGCCGAACAUUUUCACCAAGACCAUGAAGACCGCACUUAGCUGUCUUGUUCUCGCGGCCUUGUUUAGCCAGGGACUGUCCACAUGUACCUACUCGCAGGGACGCAGAGAGAUCACAGCGUUCGGCAGUACUCGGUACCUGUGUGACUACCCUACCACUGCCAACGGAAGUCGAGCAAGCAUUACUUUUGAAUUUGGGUCCAAGUUUUCGACUUCUGACUGCAAUGAAUGCGAAUGCACUGCUGACGGCAUGCGUUGUUGUGGUUUCGGUGUUAAAUCUGGAACGCCUAUUUUUGCCCCUGUCGGAUGUCAAGUGGUAGCAGAUGGCUGCCGAGCCAGGGUAGUCAGUAUGUCCGACAAUCGGACAGACUGCUACGCCUACAACCAGUAUCGCCGUCCAUCCUCCGGACCGUUUGAUCCCUUCAUGUCGAGCCCCUAUGAUAUGUUCGGAAUGAGAGGGUACGGUGGCAUGAAUGCAAUGGGACAACGCAGGGGGCCACUUGACGGAGCAGAAAUGGAAUCCGAAGGUCUGCUGCCCAUGCUUUUACCUUUAUUAAUGGGAUCCAAUCCUGGGAUGGGACCUGGAGGGAUGGUCGGAGGGAUGUCCGAAGGGAUGGCCGGAGGGAUGGCCGAAGGGACGGCAGGAACUGCGGGUCUUGCUAGAAGCAAUGCUGGAGCUGGCAACGGAGCUGGUGCUGAUGCUGAAACAGGAGCUUAUGGACCAGCAAUGAAUCCCUUCCAAGGCUUGUCACGUAUGCCCCCUCUGAUGAGACUUUUAUUCAUGUCCAGUAUGAUGGCAAGUUGAACACGUCUGGGUGAUAGGAUUAUAUCUAUUUUGUAUGUGUAGGUACUGAUAUACUGCCGGUGGAGUCACAUGGUCGAGUACAGACUGAUCAAUACUUGUUUCCGAGAAGCACAUGAACAUUCUGUAUUUUGUCCCGGUUCAUGAACAAGCAUGUAAAUAGAAUAUUUUGGAGAAAUAAAUAGUGGUUUUCCUACUAAACUUGA